AUGAGUCUCCACCUGCCCAAGCACCACUGGGGUACUCGAGGCAUGGAUGUGUACGAGAAGCUCGAGUGUAUUGGGGCUGGCACCUACGGCCAAGUCUACAUGGCCAAGGACAAAGCGACGGGCGAAGUCGUGGCCAUCAAGAAGAUCCGCAGUCUCAAUGAAGUUCAAGGCCUGCCGGUGACUACGAUUCGAGAGAUCAAAGUGCUCAAGUGUCUGAGUCACCCGAAUCUCGUGGAACUGAAGGAAGUCGUAGUGUCAGCUGAAAACGACGAUGACGACGCCGAGUUUACAGACAAGGACGAGCCUCUGGACUAUUGUCAUGGAUCAAUUUAUUUGGUGCUGGAGUACCUUGAACACGACUUGACGGGUCUUAUCGAUCGACAGCAUCCAUUUGACGAUACUGAGAUCAAGUGUCUGAUGAAGCAGUUGCUCAAUGUCAUGAAGUACAUGCACUCCCUUGACAUCAUCCAUCGAGACAUCAAGUGCUCCAAUUUGCUGAUGACUAGAGAUCAUUUGCUCAAGGUGGCCGACUUUGGUCUAGCCCGUUCCUUGCGCGGAGACCAGCUGUUCACGAACAAGGUCGUGACGCUAUGGUAUCGGCCGCCAGAGUUGCUUCUGGGUGCCACGAGUUACGAUGCUAGUAUUGAUAUGUGGAGCGUCGGUUGCGUCUUUGCCGAGCUGUAUAUUGGACACCCGAUCUUUCAGGGCAAGACGGAACUCGAGCAAAUUACUAAGAUUUUCGAUGUUUGCGGAACUCCGACCACCGAAUCGUGGCCUGACUACAAGUUCUUGACGCACAGUAGCACAUUUGUUCCCGAGAAGCCCAAGCCCAGGCGGCUGCGUGAGUUCUUGAUGCGCGAGGCAACUGCGCGCAAGAGGAUACUACCUAAGGGUGCUCUCGAGUUGAUUGAGGCUCUUCUUGUGCUGGACCCGGAGCAGCGAUUGACGGCUUCAGACUGCCUGACUGCGCAGUAUUUUAAAGUUCGUCCCUACCCUCCAGAAGAUCCGAAAAAGUUGCCUCCUAUCACCAAUCUGCCGCCGUCACACGAAUAUCAGACGAAGAAGAUCCGUCGUGAACAGGCAAAGCAGCUGAACGGUGGAGGGGCAAACAGUCAAAGCAGCAACAACACAGGGGCUGGAGGUGGGCGUAACUCACGGCCCACCAGUAAAUCGGUGACGGGUGGUGGAGGUCGCUCGAGACAGAGUACCGCGCGAGAUGUGGCAGAAGUGCCUGUGAAGACCGAGGUGAAAAGAGAGGAAGACUCGGUGUUGUCAGCCAAAAAGAGGCGGCGUAUGGCGUGA